CUGGGGUCCGGACACCAGUUUUGGGGUCACCCCCCCAUUUCAGGUGUCGGGAUGCCAGGUUUUGGGGUCUCCCCCCCCAUUUCUGGGAUUGGGACACCAUUUCUGGGCUUGGGAUGCCGGGUUUUAGGUUCCCCACCCCCAUUUCUGGGGUCGGGAUGCCAGCUUUUGUGGUCUCCCCCCCUUCCUGUGGUUGGGAUGCCAGGUUUUGGGGUCACCCCCCUAUUUCUAUGGUCGGGAUGCCAGGUUUUGGGGUCCCCACCCCCCCUAUUUCUAUGGUCGGGACGCCAUUUCUUGUGUCGGGAUGCCAGGUUUUGGGGUCUCCCACCCAUCUUUAUGGUCAGGACGCCAGUUUUGGGGUCACCCCCCCCUUCCUGUGGUCGGGAUGCCAGGUUUUGGGGUCUCCCCCCCUAUUUCUUAUGUUGGGAUGCCAGGUUUUGGGGUCCCCACCCCCCCUAUUUCUAUGGUCGGGAUGCCAUUUCUUGUGUCGGGAUGCCAGGUUUUGGGGUCACCCCCCCCUUCCUGUGGUCGGGAUGCCAGGUUUUGGGGCUCCCCACCCCCCCCCCUAUUUCUGGUGUUGGGAUGCCAGGUUUUGGGGUCUCCCCCCCCAUUUCUGGGGUCAGGUCACCAGUUUUGGGGUCCCCCCCUAUUUCUGGGGUCAGGAUGCCAGGUUUUGGGGUCACCCUCCCCAUUUCUUGUGUCAGGAUGCCAGGUUUUGGGGUCUCCCCCCCCAUUUCUGGCAUUGGGACACCAUUUCUGGGCUCGGGAUGCCAGGUUUUAGGUUCCUCACCCCCAUUUCUGGGGUCGGGAUGCCAGGUUUUGGGGUCACCCCCCUAUUUCUAUGGUCGGGACGCCAUUUCUGGUGUCGGGAUGCCAGAUUUUGGGGUCUCCCCCUCAUCUUUAUGGUCAGGACGCCAGUUUUGGGGUCUCCCCCCCCCAUUUCUGGCAUUGGGACACCAUUUCUGGGCUUGGGAUGCCAGGUUUUAGGUUCCCCACCCCCAUUUCUGGGGUCAGGAUGCCAGGUUUUGGGGUCUACCCCCCAUUUCUGGUCUCAGAAUGCCAGUUUUGGGGUCACCCCCCCAUUUCUGGGGUCAGGAUGCCAGUUUUGGGGUCACCCCCCCAUUUCUGGGGUCAGGAUGCCAGGUUUUGGGGUCACCCCCCUAUUUCUAUGGUCGGGACGCCAGGUUUUGGGGCUACCCACCCCCCCCCCUAUUUCCGGGGUCAGGAUGCCAGGUUUUGGGGUCUCCCCCCCCAUUUCUGGCAUUGGGACACCAUUUCUGGGCUUGGGAUGCCAGGUUUUAGGUUCCCCACCCCCAUUUCUGGGGUCAGGAUGCCAGGUUUUGGGGUCUACCCCCCAUUUCUGGUCUCAGAAUGCCAGUUUUGGGGUCACCCCCCCAUUUCUGGGGUCAGGAUGCCAGGUUUUGGGGUCACCCCCCUAUUUCUAUGGUCGGGACGCCAGGUUUUGGGGUCUCCCCCCCUUCCUGUGAUCGGGACGCCAGGUUUGGGGUCACCCCCCCCUUCCUGUGGUCGGGAUGCCAGGUUUUGGGGUCUCCCUCCCCAUUUCUUGUGUCAGGAUGCCAGGUUUUGGGGUCUCCCCCCCCAUUUCUGGCAUUGGGACACCAUUUCUGGGCUCAGAAUGCCAGGUUUUAGGUUCCCCACCCCCAUUUCUGGGGUCGGGAUGCCAGGUUUUGGGGUCUACCCCCCAUUUCUGGUCUCAGAAUGCCAGUUUUGGGGUCACCCCCCCAUUUCUGGGGUCAGGAUGCCAGGUUUUGGGGUCUCCCCCCCCAUUUUUGGGGUCAGAACUCCAUGUUUUGGGGCUCCCCACCCCCCCCUCCCCUAUUUCCGGGGUCAGGAUGCCAGCUUUUGUGGUCUCCCCCCCUUCCUGUGGUUGGGAUGCCAGGUUUUGGGGUCACCCCCCUAUUUCUAUGGUCGGGAUGCCAGGUUUUGGGGUCCCCACCCCCCCUAUUUCUAUGGUCGGGACGCCAUUUCUGGUGUCGGGAUGCCAGAUUUUGGGGUCUCCCCCCCAUCUUUAUGGUCAGGACGCCAGUUUUGGGGUCACCCCCCCCUUCCUGUGGUCGGGAUGCCAGGUUUUGGGGUCUCCCCCCCUAUUUCUUAUGUCGGGAUGCCAGGUUUUGGGGUCUCACCCCCCCAUUUCUGGCAUUGGGACACCAUUUCUGGGGUCGGGAUGCCAGGUUUUGGGGUCUCCCCCCCUUCCUGUGGUUGGGAUGCCAGGUUUUGGGGUCACCCCCCUAUUUCUAUGGUUGGGAUGCCAGGUUUUGGGGCUACCCACCCCCCCCUAUUUCCGGGGUCAGGAUGUCAGGUUUUGGGGUCUCCCCCCCCAUUUCUGGCAUUGGGACACCAUUUCUGGGGUCGGGAUGCCAGGUUUUGGGGUCACCCCCCCCAUUUCAGGUGUCGAGAUGCCAGGUUUUGGGGUCACCCCCCUAUUUCUAUGGUCGGGAUGCCAGGUUUUGGGGUCACCCCCCUAUUUCUAUGGUCGGGAUGCCAGGUUUUGGGGCUACCCACCCCCCCCCCUAUUUCCGGGGUCAGGAUGCCAGGUUUUGGGGUCUCCCCCCCCCAUUUCUGGCAUUGGGACACCAUUUCUGGGCUUGGGAUGCCAGGUUUUAGGUUCCCCACCCCCAUUUCUGGGGUCAGGAUGCCAGGUUUUGGGGUCUACCCCCCAUUUCUGGUCUCAGAAUGCCAGUUUUGGGGUCACCCCCCCCAUUUCAGGUGUCGAGAUGCCAGGUUUUGGGGUCACCCCCCUAUUUCUAUGGUCGGGAUGCCAGGUUUUGGGGUCUCCCCCCCCAUUUCUGGCAUUGGGACACCAUUUCUGGGCUUGGGAUGCCAGGUUUUAGGUUCCCCACCCCCAUUUCUGGGGUCAGGAUGCCAGGUUUUGGGGUCUCCCCCCCCAUUUCUGGUCUCAGAAUGCCAGUUUUGGGGUCACCCCCCCAUUUCUGGGGUCAGGAUGCCAGGUUUUGGGGUCACCCCCCUAUUUCUAUGGUCGGGACGCCAGGUUUUGGGGCUACCCACCCCCCCCCCUAUUUCCGGGGUCAGGAUGCCAGGUUUUGGGGUCUCCCCCCCCAUUUCUGGUGUCAAGAUGCCAGGUUUUGGGGCUCCCCACCCCCCCCCCUAUUUCUGGGGUCAGGAUGCCAGGUUUUGGGGUCACCCUCCCCAUUUCUUGUGUCAGGAUGCCAGGUUUUGGGGUCUCCCCCCCCUUCUUGUGGUCGGGAUCCCAGGUUUUGGGGCUCCCCACCCCCCCCCCCCAUUUCUGGUGUUGGGAUGCCAGGUUUUGGGGUCACCCCCCUAUUUCUAUGGUCGGGACGCCAGGUUUUGGGGUCCCCCCCCCCCUUUAUUUCUUGGGG